GAGUCGAUGCAAUGACGGUAGAUAACGAAAGCGAAUUGCAUAAGAUUAAGAAACUUCAUCCCGAUGCCAAGGUCGUCAUUCGAAUCCGUUGCGACGCAGAAGUAGCUCAAUGCCAGUUGGGCAUGAAAUUCGGUUGCGAUCCGAUUUACGAGGCACCCAAUCUUCUGCGCCUCGCGCGCGUGCUGGGUCUCGACGUGAUCGGAAUCAGCUUUCACGUUGGUUCCGGUUGUCAAGAUCCACCCGUGUUCCAUCGGGCCAUACGCCACGCCAGAUCGCUGUUCGAUCUGGCGACCGACAUCGGUUUCAAGCCGCAUCUCUUGGACAUCGGCGGCGGUUACCCGGGGAACAAAGGUACCAGCAUCGACAAGAUCGCCGACGUCGUCAAUAAAGCGCUCGACGAGUACUUCAACACCGACGCCGUUCACGUAAUCGCUGAACCCGGCCGCUUCUACGUGGCCUCUGCAUUUACACUCGCGACCAGUAUUCACAGCAAGCGUUCGGUCCGCAGCAACGAAGCUUCGCCCAAUGUCAUUACGCACAACAUGUACUACAUCAACGACGGCGUUUACGGAUCUUUCAAUUGUCUACUGUACGAUCAUCAGCACGUGACUCCGAUACCUUUGAAGAAAGGUUGCGGGAAAAUGAUCCCCUCGAGCAUCUGGGGACCGACCUGCGACGGUUUAGAUCAAGUCGUCGAAAACGUUCUGCUGCACGACAUGGAUCUCGGGGAUUGGAUCAUCUUUGAAAAUAUGGGAGCUUACACUCUGCCGGUCGCUUCGCCGUUCAACGGAUUCCCGGUACCGAAAGUUCACGUCAUCGCCGACGAGAACAUUUGGUGCCUUUUAAAAAAUGCUCUGCCUUUGACCGAGGAGCACUUCGUCAUCGGCAACACUCCGGCUAAUUUACGACUCGGCCUGGACAUCGGUGGCAACGAUACGAACGGAUGGCACAAUCCGAACAUCGAACUUACAGCCACGGAGAUAUUGAAUGGCGCUAAUAAUCCGCCGUCGUCCUAUAUUUACGAUUACGUCGAAGUCGAUCCUUUGAAUUAAUACGCGACGACGAAAGACGCGUUGACAACAGUGCUUGGUAUUCUUCAGGAAGAAUCACAGCUUCAUUUCACGUGCGACGUCGCGACAUCGUUUAAAAUCAGGUAUAUUUUGUUUUAAAGUUUGAUUGCCUCGCGUUUUACUUCAAUUUAUCGAGAAUAUUUUAAAGCUCGACGUGUUACUGAUAUCUGGUAUCAUCGUUGACCAGCUGAAUUAGUUGUACGUUCCCAUCGAAGGAAAUUUUUAUUGUACGACGGUAGAUACUUUAUGGUCGCUAAUUAAACGAUAGAACGUAUAAUCAAAUUUUCGAAAAUGGUUGUAGGACGUCGUUAUACUAAAUACCGCGUUGAAACGUUUGCAUAGGAAUAAUUAUAUAUCGUUUUAGAAACGCGUAGCUUCUCUUACAUUACACGUAAACCUUCAUAAUAUGUAGGGAGGUGUUUGCCGAACAUGAAUAUCUACGAUUUGCACGUUUAAUAUUACCUAGACUUCAUAUAAAUUUUUAUAUAAAUCAUAUAAGUAUGGAUCCUUGUAACGAUCGACUGAGAAGCGGUCGCACAUUGCGAUCCUUUAUGAUCCAUCCGAUGUCCAUGCUUAAGCGGCGAACUAAAUUUUAUGUGACGCAACGCUGACUACGUAGACGUGUUACUUAAAUGAUUUAUAUGAAACGUGUCAAAGGAAACGAGAAGUAGUGACUUUGUGUAAAAGCAUAUAUAUUAUAUCUAUGAAAUAUCUAAAUGUAAUUUAAUUCCGAUUAACAAAAGUUGCGCAGAAGCACAAGGAACACGUGGGGAAUGUAACCGAUAGCACUGAAAACGACGUACGUGUCCAGCAUAUUAUAUCAACGGUAUAAAGCGAAGCACAAAACCCUUCUACUAUUAUCCGACUAAAAUUUCUUUUGUUUUAUUUCAUAUAUCAAAAACGAUCUCUGUAGGUUUGCUAGGAUCUUUAGGGCAUUGAGGCAGCUGUCACAGGAAGGAAAGAUAAUUAGGUUCUUAUUAAUUAUAUUACUCUGAUUGUAUUAUAUGUCAACUAUUAUUAUUGUUAUUAAUUAUUAUUAACGAAAGAAUGCAUGUAACGAAAUAUACUAAAUUCAAAUCAACAA